UUAAUGAAUGGAGACAGUAGUAAGUGUUAGAUAUGGCGACGUACACGGAGUAUAAUCAAGCAAGUUCCGUGGAUUCUUACAGAAAUACUCCGAAACAGAAUAUUUCCUCUGGACGACCAAACUCUUCAGAGACACAUGUUAGUUUUAAUCAUAAAAAUAAAGAGGAGGAAAAAGACAAACGUCAGAAAUAUUUGACAGCUAAGUACGGACAACACCAAAUGAUGUUGAUUCGCAAAAGAUUGGCAGUAGAGGACUGGCUUUAUGAUAAGUUGAGAGAACUCCACAACUGUCAGGAGGACGACCAAGACCAUGACUGCAACUUAGAUCUUGAGGAUGUUUUAAAUCUUGACACAGACAUUGAAAGAAGAGAAUAUGCACAGAAAGAGCUGGUCACUGCACGGGUACCCAGGGAGGAAGUAGAGAGAUUUAUAGAUGAGCUGAUAAAGAAGUCAAAAACAUUGUAAGAACAGUAAAUCUGGUCUCAGUGUGUUUGUGAGUGAAUGCAAGAGACAGUGGAUUUAGCAUCAGGGACUUCAUACAGUUUUCGCAACAGGGAUUUUUAAGAUGUCAGACACUGUACACAAUUUUACUCUAUUCAGAAACAGUCAGCUGAUAACUGCUUCUAGAUUUAGUUUACUGAACUUUUGCAUUUAAAAAGGGUGUAUAUUUAUUUUCCUAAAAAUUAAGAUUAUCAUUGAAUUAAUAUAAUUUUGUUAGCAAUGUUCAAGGUACUAAAGCCAUCCAUAAGUAAAUAAUAUCAGUAUUAAUAAAUUGUUACAUCAUUUAGAAAGUUUAAUAGCUAAUAUAAAAAAUUCAGAUCUAUGCUUUUGCUUCCCAUAGAUAAAAUGGGAUAGAAAUGACAUUGUAGGUUUCUGUAGUAGAUAAAUGACAGAUAUUAUUUUAUUUUUCUGAGUUGAAUGAAAUUUUCAAAAAGAUGUCAGAAAGGUACAUGCUACAGCUUUGAUGCAUUUUGAAUGUUUGUCUUUGACUUAAAAAAAAAAUUAAAUGAAAUUGUAAAAUAAGAAUAUGUCAGGAAAAAAGUAUAAAGGGAUCUGCCCUAUAAGUCAUGCAGUAAUUGCAUUUAUAUUAUAGUGACACAAUUACUAAAUAUAGUUAAGAACAGUGUUGAAGAAUAAACAAAAAUUCUUAAGUACAAGUAGAUCUUGUGUCAACUGAAUUUUAGCAUUUUUUCCCUCUAACUUUGAUGUACAUAUUAAUUUUUGUUCAUUGGCAUUUAAGACCAUUUGUCAUAUAUACCUCAAGUUUCAUUUGAAAUCCCUCCAACUUUUGGAUCAAUAAGAGCAGUAUUUAUUAAGGAAGCUCUUUCUGUAAAUUUUUGACCACUUAUUUUUUGUUUCCUAUGUUUUUUUUUAUGUAUUGUAGAUAUAUUUUUAAGCUUACUGGUAAACUUUUAUGAAUGCAGUCCUUUGUUUUAUGUUCAUUUUAGUUCACCUCUUCAUAAAAAAAAAAAAAUUGACCCCCUCCCCCAUGACUUUAAAUUAUCAUUUGUAUCCAUAUGAUUUAUUGAAUAGGGCACAUAAAUAUUAUCCUGUGAACAAAUUUACAAACCUGUGAUGGUUUAUCCAAUGUUGAUAAAAAUAGAAUAACCAUAUAAUUAUACACAACAUGAGAGGAGAGUUUAAUACAUCCACAUUUUUUUAAAAUGAUUAUUGUGAAAGGGGUGAUUUUUUUUUAAAUUUGUUCAGUUGCAUCAGCUUUUUUUCUUCUUGAAAAGAUUCUUUUUUUUUUUUAAAUUGUUAUGUAUAUGGACCCAAAAGUUUGAAGUGUUGCCGUUUUAAUUCCAUUUUAGAUUUACUCAACAUGCGAUGAAAUGAUGGUGAUUCUUGGUUUUAACCUAGUUUCUGUAUGUGUCCUUGACCUAGUUUUUUGUAGGGUUGUGAUUUUACAUGUUGUUAUGUAGUACCCUUUAGUUCAUUCCACAUUAUUUCCCACCCCUCCUCAUUUUAAAACGUUUAGUAUGUACUGUAGGGAGUUUGUUUUGUUUUCACUAUAAUAGAUCAAUGUUGUAUCCAGACAUAACGUUUUCCGGCCAAAUAUUUUUGUGACAUUUAUCGUAAGGAAUCUGACAGUGAUGUGUUAAUUGCUUGUUUGUACAUUUGUUUGUUGUAAAUUCGCAAAUUUAUUGGCCUUUUAACAUGUAAUUACAGCAAUAAUUAUUUUGCGUUUUGUUAUCAGCUAUGUGCCAAUAUACUCAUUGUGUACUAAAAUGUAUUCACUAUCUUGCUGUAAAUUGGCAUUUUGUUUUGGAUUUAUAUUUGAGAUUGAUGAAUUCAGUACAGUACUAUAUUUGGAAUCUAUUUUUUGAAAAGAAAUCUUCUUAGUUGAUUUUGUUCAAAGAUUUUGGAAAAGAAAUCUUCUCAGUUGAUUUUGUUCAAAGAUUCUGGAAAAGAAAUCUUCUCAGUUGAUUUUGUUCAAAGAUUUUGGAAAAGAAAUUUUCUCAUUUGAUUUUGUUCACAGGUGUAUGGCUCAUCAUGAUUUCUUUAUUUUGCCUUUCAAUUCUCUUUGUAAGAAAGCUUAUGUACCAGCUAAGGCUGACAUAUAAAAAGAAAAGUUGUUGAGAAAAUCAGCUGAAGAGAGCAAGAUAUUCACUAGUUUUCACAUAUAACAGUAUGACACGUUACAUAUUAAUAUUUUACAAUACAUUACAGUUCAUGUUAUGCACCUACAUUUCUAAUGUUUGAGACUAAAAUCUUCAUUACAGUAAAUGAGAGAUUAUGCAGGAUCAGCAACUUCUGAAAAUGUGCUUUGUAAAGAAAAUUAUUUUGUAUCAAAACAUUUUUUCAAGUCAUUGGGUAUCAUUGACUAUAAACUUGUGAUUUCUUAUGUGGUAAAGUUCUGAUUGUUCAAACAAGCUGCAAAAGACAGUUAUAAGUCAAAAGAUGGAGUAAACAUAAGAAAUGCACAUCUUAAUGAUAACAUCAUGUAUUACACACUGAACAUAUAAGGGCUGAAUAAGUUGUGUUGUUAUGAUAACAUUAUCAUGUGACCACCAUGUCUCCAUGCUCUAACAGGAAGUGUACACCCUGACAGAAAGUGCAUAUACUGACAGGAAGUGUAUACCCUGUUCACAACUAGUCACAGACACAUUGUAUAUUUUCUAUACUGCUGAAUGGAUACUUUUUUUUUUGCAUGUUAAUAGGUGAUUUUAUUACAGCAAUAAUUUGUUUAAGAUUUAAUUGUGUAGAAAUUUUGAUUUUACAAUAAAGAAUUUUUUAUCUCGUAAA